GGCCAAACCCCACGGCUGGAAAAGGAAAAGGAGACUAGAUCCACUGCACGCUGUCUGCUCGAGCACGCUGUCUGCUCCUCGAGGGAGGGAUUCCUCGUUCCUCCCUUCGCUUCUCUGCUUUGGGGUCGAUCCCAGGCGAGGGUCAGCGGGUUCUCUUGGGUUCUUAAUCUGCUCGGAUCUCGCUAGGUGGUCGCCCCGAUAUUUGUCGGUCGCAUUCCGAGGUUUUGGAAAAGAAGCGAUGGCUGCCGCGCUGGUGGAUCGCGCGACAAGCGAUAUGCUUAUCGGCCCUGACUGGGCGAUGAACGUACAGAUCUGCGAUAUUCUCAAUCGCGAUCCUGGGCAGGCAAAGGAAGUUAUCAAAGGACUCAAGAGGCGCAUUGGUCAUAAAAAUCCUAGAGUUCAGCUACUUGCACUAACACUGCUGGAGACAGUGAUAAAAAAUUGUGGUGAUAUUGUCCACAUGUAUGUUGCUGAGAAAGAUGUUCUACGCAAGAUGGUCAAAAUUGUAAAGAGGAAGCCAGAUCCACAAGUCCAAGAAAAGAUAUUAGUUCUAAUUGACACUUGGCAAGAGGCUCUUGGUGGGCGGUGCCCCCAAUAUAAUGCCGCAUAUCAAGAAUUGUUGCAAGCUGGAGCUGUAUUUCCUCAGAGAGCUGGGAGGUCUGCCCCUACAUUCACUCCACAAAAGGAACCUUUGGGCUUGUAUCCUCCAUCUGGACAGAGUGUCAAUUUUCAUGAAGUUCUUGAUCCUUCGGCCGGAGCUGAUUUGCCUGCUUUGAGCAUAGCUGAAAUUCAAAAUGCUCGUGGCCUCAUGGAUGUUCUUUCUGAGAUGCUGAAUGCUAUAGAUUCUGGAAACAGAGAGGGGCUCAAGCAGGAAGUAAUUGUGGACCUCGUUGAUCAGUGCCAUACUUACAAGCAGAGAGUGGUGCAGCUCAUUAACAAAACCUUAGACGAGGAGUUACUCGGUCAAGCACUUGCCCUCAAUGAUGACUUGGAGCGCGUACUUGCAAAACAUGAUUCUAUUGCUGCAGGGAUAGCUGUCCAGGUGGCGAAGUCCAUAUCCCUUCAGGCACUUGUAGAUCUUGAUGAUUCAACAGAAAACAAAGAGACAGGUCAACGGUCAAAUACAAGCACGAUAGCCAGUGACAAACCUCCACUUCAGCAAUUAUCGUUACCUGCUCCUCCAGCCCUCAAUGGUUCGGCAACUUCUUUAGCUAUAAUUGACCCAACAAUUGACUUUCUCAGCGGCGAAGAUUACAAUAAACCCAAAAAUGAGAAUCUAACCUUGGUACCUAUCAGCGAAUCACUGAGUAAUUCUCCGUCAAACCAAAACAUCCGAGCCCUUGCGGACAUGUUUUCAAAUGCCAAUACUGAAGUGAACAGUAGCAAUCCCCCAAGGCCAUCUGAUUCCCAAUUGGCAUUGUCUGCCCUGCCGGCUUAUACUUCUGCAACACCACUCCAGGUGAAUCCUCAGCAAAUACAACAGCCUGCACAACUCAAGCAAACAAAUACUAUAUUGACCAACAAAGUCCCUACAGACUUUUCAUCCCAGCAGCCAGCACAAGGUUAUAAUGUAAAUAACCAAAGCGAAGUUCUUCUUCUAGCACCUUGGGAAGCUCAAUCUGCUCCAUCCAGUCUCUUCCCUGUUUUGCAGCCUCAACUGCUACAACAUGGUCAGUUUGCAGGUAACACCUCAUUACCUGGGCCAACUGGCCAAUCUGGAAGCUUUCCACCCCAAAUUUCCCAACCAAUGCCCAGUGGUGGUUUUAUGGGGGUAAUGCAUCAGCAAGUUAUGGUAGGCCCUCAAGUAAUGCAUCAGCAAGUUAUGGCAGGCCAUCAAUUUGGAGGUCUGCAGCCACAGCUUGUCCAGAACAAUCAAUAUGUUGGCAUGUAUGCACCAAUGCAAAAUGGCCAGAUGAGUGCUAUCUAUCCACAGCAGGUAUAUGGUAGUCAUAUGCCUACCAUUAGUCAGCAAGCUCUCUACAGCAAUCAGUUGACUGGUUAUGGUGGGUAUUCGAAGCAACCAGCAUCUCAAUUCUCUGCUUCGGGAGGUGCCGCAUAUGGCGGCUAUUCUAAUCCACAUGAACUUUCGCAGAUGAUGCAUGGACUUUCUGUGCAAGAUAAUCACAUGCUUGUCAAUAAGACUAAUACGAAUUCAGUGCCCUCUUACUUGCAACCAAUGAACAAGAUGCCGAAGGCAGAGGAUAAACUAUUCGGUGACCUCCUUAGUAUGGCGAAAAACAAAGCAAAGUAAACCUACUGCUAAUAGUUUGUGGAGCAUGUAGAAUCAGUGAUGGUCCUUUUAAGGUUUCUUUUGAUAUAUAUGUAUUUUUGUCAUUGUAGUUCUGAUGUUUUUUUGUGUGUAUUUAUCAUUUUUCAAAACUUCAUUCUUGUGCAAAAUUAUUUCCUUUCAGAUUUA